AUGAGCAAUGGGAGGUGGAAUCUGAAUAUGCUGCAGGACCUCUUUCUCCCAUGGGAGGUAGAGGCUAUCAUGACUAUCCCAAUAGCACGUAAUGUAGGAGAGGACAAAUGGGCGUGGAAUUGGACAAACCAUGGGGGAUUCACGGUGAAGAGCGCGUAUUAUCAGGCCAUGGAGGCCAAGAAAACGCAGGCUACAUCGACGUCGAAGAGUGUAGGGGGGAGCAUAUGGAAGAGGUUGUGGCAUUCGAGCCUACCCACAAAAAUAAAAAAUUUUGGGUGGCGGGUCCUUCACAAUGGCAUUGCAGUAAAGGCGAACUUAUUGUAUCGAGGAAUGGGGGAGGAUAGGCGAUGCCCGGUCUGCGGAGAGGGAGAUGAAACAAUAAAACAUGCCUUAACUUUAUGUAGGGAUGCGAGAAGUAUAUGGAGACUUUCACCAUUGAGGAUGGAAAUCCAGGAGAUGGAGGAUGAAAAUGUGUCACAAUGGUGUGAGAAACUUGCGGCAACAAUCGUACAGGAAUCUUGGUGGGAGAUAUUUUGGAACUUAUUAUGGGGUAUAUGGCUGCGAAGAAAUGCGUGGAUCUUUAAGCGCAAACAAGUGAGUGUGAAGGAUUUGAUAGAUAAGGCAAUGCGCUUCACCAUAGAGUAUCAAGCUGCGAAGGAGAGUGUGAAGGAUGGUCUGCGAAGUGAGGGGCCAGGAAAGAAAAAAUGGCAUCGACCCAGGGAGGGGAGCUUAAAACUAAAUACUGAUGCUGCUGUGUUAGCUGGAGGUAUGAUUGGGUUCGGUGGAGUGGUUAGGGACUCGAUGGGGGAAGUGCGACUGGCUUGCUGUGGCAGGAUGGAUGGUAGGUUCGCGCCCGAUAUAGCGGAGGCAAUGGCGAUCCGGGAGGUGCUGGCUAUAGCUGGAGCUGCGGGAUUCAGAGAGAUUAUAUUGGAGAAUGACUGUCUCAAACUUAUCUCUCAGUUGAAGAAACAUGUUCUAGAGAACUCGAGCUUCGGGAAUAUAGUAAAAGAUAUCCUAGAUUAUGUUCAGGCCUUUAACGUUGUAUCUUUUAAUCAUAUUUGUCGUAGUGGGAACACGGUAGCUCAUAAUCUAGCGUAG